AAAAGCUGCCCGCGGAAGGGUCAGGGCUCCAGCGGACCCUGAAAGCUGAGCCAUCCAGACCCCCGAAGUGAAGAAAAGAAGGAAAGGGAGGGACAGAACUAGGGGAGAGAGAAAGAGGAGGGGCAGCCCACCAGCCCGCUAUCCCUCCACAGAGCGGGCUCAGUUCCAGCUCCAGGAGUCACUCAGCUGCAGAGGCAGCGGCAGCCCCAGUCCUCAGGCAAAGGACAGCAGGCAGACAGACAGACAGAGACGCUAGGACGAGAAAGCCUUAGCCCCUGGCCACUGCCUGGCCCGGCCCCAUGGCUUUCAAUGACCUCCUGAAGCAGGUAGGGGGCGUCGGACGCUUCCAGCUGAUCCAGGUCACUCUGGUGGUUGUCCCCCUACUGCUGAUGGCUUCCCACAACACCUUGCAGAACUUCACCGCUGCCAUCCCCACCCACCACUGCCGCCCACCUGCCACUGCCAACCUCAGUAAAGAUGUGGGCCUGGAGGCCUGGCUGCCCAGGGACAGGCAGGGUCGGCCCAAGUCUUGCGUCCGCUUUACCUCCCCACAGUGGGGAUCCUUUCCCAAUGACACAGAAGCCAAUGACACUGGACUCACAGAGCCCUGCAUCGAUGGCUGGGUCUAUGACAACAGCACCUUUCCUUCAACCAUUGUGACUGAGUGGAAUCUCGUGUGUUCACAACGAGCCUUCCGCCAGCUGGCCCAGUCCCUGUACAUGGUGGGAGUGCUGCUGGGGGCUAUGGUGUUUGGCUACCUGGCAGACAGGCUGGGCCGUCGGAAGGUACUGAUCUUGAACUACCUGCAGACAGCUGUGUCAGGGACCUGUGCAGCCUACGCACCCAACUACAGCGUUUACUGUAUCUUCCGACUCCUCUCGGGCAUGUCUAUGGCUAGCAUUGCCAUCAACUGCAUGACUCUAAAUGUGGAGUGGAUGCCCAUCCAUACCCGUGCUUUUGUGGGCACCUUGAUUGGCUAUGUCUACAGCCUGGGCCAAUUCCUCCUGGCUGGUGUAGCCUAUGCUGUGCCACACUGGCGCCACCUGCAGCUGCUGGUCUCUGUGCCUUUUUUCAUUGCCUUCAUCUACUCCUGGUUCUUCAUUGAAUCUGCCCGCUGGUACUCCUCCUCCGGAAGGCUGGACCUCACCCUUCGAGCUCUGCAGAAAGUGGCUCGCAUCAAUGGGAAACAAGAAGAGGGGGCCAAGCUGAGUAUAGAGGUACUCCGGACCAGCCUGCAAAAGGAACUGACCAUAGGCAAAGGCCAGGCCUCGGCCAUGGAGCUACUGCGCUGCCCCGCCCUUCGCCGCCUCUUCCUCUGCCUCUCCAUGCUGUGGUUUGCCACUAGCUUUGCCUACUACGGACUGGUCAUGGAUCUGCAGGGCUUUGGGGUCAGCAUGUACCUCAUCCAGGUGAUCUUUGGUGCUGUGGACCUGCCCGCCAAGUUCGUGUGCUUCCUUGUCAUCAACUCCCUUGGCCGCCGGCCUGCCCAGUUGGCCUCAUUGCUGCUGGCAGGCAUCUGCAUCCUGGUGAAUGGGGUGAUACCCCAGGACCAGCGGAUCAUACGCACCUCCCUGGCUGUGUUGGGAAAGGGCUGCCUGGCCUCCUCUUUCAACUGCAUCUUCCUGUACACUGGAGAGCUGUACCCCACAGUGAUCCGGCAAACAGGCCUGGGGAUGGGCAGCACCAUGGCCCGGGUAGGCAGCAUCGUGAGCCCACUGGUGAGCUUGACCGCAGAGUUCUACCCCACAUUGCCUCUCUUCAUCUUCGGCACUGUCCCCAUGGCUGCCAGUGCUGUCACUGCCCUCCUGCCAGAAACCUUGGGGCAGCCGCUACCAGAUACUGUGCAGGACCUAGAGAGCAGGAGGAGAGGAAAACCAAGGCAACAGCAGCAAGAGCAGCAGAAGCAGAUGGUACCACUCCAGGCCUCUGCACAAGAGAAGAACGGACUUUGAGGACUGAAGGAGCCUUAUAGACAGCUAAAGGGAGUAGGGGUCUAUGGGUCUCCUGCCCACCCACACAAGGAAGGGGAGCAGAGUGAGCCCAAGUGUGGGGGCUGCAGAUCAGGGAAAUGCCUCGCCCUUCCUCAGUAGACCCCACCAAGAACAAUCAUUAAAAGGUCUGAC